GUACUGGGACUACCAAACAGCUCAUUUGGGAUUAACAUCUUGCAGUGAUUAAUGUCUUGGCCUUUUUCCAGAGUGACGUUUCAGGUUUGCCGCAUGCCUUUGAAUUUGGGAAGUCUGGAGACCAGUUUCCCAUCAUCCCUGGCACACAGAGCUCUUGUGAUGCAAGCAACACAACUCGAGAGAAAAUCGUGGGAUGUAAAGUGUGCGCAGUGCCUGGUUUAAUCUGGUAGGAAAUGUCCUAAGGCUGCUUCCCACUGGCAUCUGGCGAAGAAAUCAGAUGUGGGGAUAUCCUGGGCUCCGCCACCCAGCUGCUCUUUCACCUACUCCCAACUUGUGGGUUCCAGAGACGAGCCGACGAAUUGACUCCAUUCCACCCACGCUGAUGGGUGGGUCAGCGCUGGGCAAAAACUGGGAAGAACCAGGUGUGAUGGGCACUUUGCGAGCAGACACGAUGAGACCCACGCGUCUGUCUCUUGUCCUGCUUCUACUGCUGCUGGAGACGCCGACACACGCCCUCUUCCCUGAGGAGCCUGGCCCCAUCUCCGUGGCCCUGGAUGACUAUGUGAAACAGUAUUCAGUCUUCGUGGGCAAUGGAAUAGGCCGGUUCUCCAGCCAAGAUGGCGGGGCAGAGCGACUCAGCAUCCAGCGGAUACUGACAUUCAAUAGGACGCUGUUCAUCGGGGAGAGGGAUAAUUUGUACCGCAUAAGUUUGGAGCCUGCCUCUGCCAGCGAAAUGCGCUACCAUCGGAAACUAACAUGGACCUCAAACCAGCAUGAUAUCAAUAUUUGUCGGAUGAAGGGAAAACAUGAGGCAGAAUGCCGGAAUUUCAUCAAAGUGCUGCUUCUGCGUAACGAUGACAUGCUCUUCGUCUGCGGGACCAACGCCUUCAACCCCACCUGUGCCAACUACAGCAUAAAUGCUCUAGAACUUAUCGGGGACAACAUCAGCGGAAUGGCCCGGUGCCCCUACGACCCAAAGCAUGCCAAUGUCGCUCUUUUUACAGGGGGGAUGCUGUUUACCGCCACGGUGACGGAUUUCCUGGCCAUCGACGCGGUAAUUUACCGCAGCCUCGGAGACAGCCCGACCCUGCGCACCGUCAAGCACGACUCCAAAUGGUUCAAAGAACCUUACUUUGUCCACACCGUGGAAUGGAAAAGCCACGUCUAUUUCUUCUUCCGGGAAAUUGCCAUGGAGUUCAACUACUUGGAGAAGGUCGUGGUUUCGCGGGUGGCCCGCGUGUGUAAGAACGACAUGGGCGGCUCGCAGCGGGUGCUGGAGAAGCAAUGGACCUCCUUCCUCAAGGCCCGCCUCAACUGCUCGGUGCCGGGCGACUCGCACUUCUACUUCAACGUCAUCCAGUCGGUGACGGACAUCCUGGAGAUUGACGGGAGGCCCAUGGUGCUGGCCGUCUUCUCCACACCCGCUAACAGCAUUCCCGGCUCGGCUGUCUGCGCCUUUGACAUGGCCCAGAUCGCCUCUGUCUUUGAAGGGCGCUUCCGGGAGCAGAAAUCCCCCGAGUCCAUUUGGACCCCAGUGCCGGAGGAGCUGGUGCCCAAGCCACGGGCUGCCUUCGAGCAGGACAUCAGUGGCGUGAAGACCUCUCACCUUGGUGACUGUGAAGGGCUGGUGACCGAAAGCUUCGUGGAUGAGCCGGACGGUCUGGUGUCCGUGAACCUGCUCGUGAUCUCCUCUGUUGCGGCCUUCGUCAUCGGGGCCGUGAUCUCGGGCUUCAGCGUCUGCUGGUUCAUCGGUCAGCGCGACCGGAAGGAGCUGGCCCGCCGCAAAGACAAGGAGAGCAUUCUGUCGCACAGCGAGUCCGUGGUGAGCGUCAGCCGCCUGGGGGACCGGCGGACCCGGGGGGGGCCCGGCAGCGGGCCACCAGAGAACCUGCUGGCCCCGCUCAUGCAGAACGGGUGGCCCAAGGGGCUUCUCAAGGUCAGCCAGCACGAGCUGGAUUCGGGCGUCCUGCCCACGCCGGAGCAGACGCCCCUGCAGCAGAAGCGGUGCCCCAAGCCGUGCGCCUGGGAGUACAGCCACAACCUCAUCAGCGCCACCCUGCGGAGCGGGGACCCGCCGUCCUCCGUCAUCCUGCUGCACGCGGGCCACGGCCAGAUGCCGCACCACAUCAGCUCCGGCCGGGUCAUCCCCAUCGCCUGCCACUCCAUGCUGAUGGACCAGGAGCUGGAGGGUGAAGGCGGAGACCUCUCUCUGGACAUGCGGUACCUGCCCGUCAGCGGGGGCGAGGAACCCCGUGGGGUCCAGGCGCAGCCCCCGCAGCUGCAGCAGGCGCUGCCGCCGUCCUCGCACCAGCCCGGCGGGACACGGAGCUCCUACGGCGGCGAGCCCCCCAUCACGCCACACGACAGCCCAGACCGGCGGCGGGUGGUGUCGGCCCCGGGCGGGGAGACAGGGGACCCCACCCAGUGGAACCUCAACAAGCUGAACUCGAAUAGCAACAACGCCACCAGCAAAGCGAAUGCACAGCUGAGACGCACCCACACUUUCAACAGCGGGGAAGGCCCAGCAGCUUACGCCCGAGCCCAGCGGGCACCGACACUGGGGCCACAGCACACCCUGGCAGACUUGAGCCAGUUCCUGAAGUACACGGGCAUCGAACGGACUCCCUCCUCAGUCAAAUAAGGCGCCACGGGGGCGCGGCGUGGCUUGGUAACCUCCCUCCUCGCGGGAAACAGAGGCAGGGUUUUGUGGCAGUGCGGGAAGGGUGAAUCAGGAAUGACAGUGGGAGACGCCUCUCCCCCUCGGGGGUGGGGGGGGAAGUCUGGAGGACGAGGACCUGGGCUGCCCCCUCCCAGGCCUGUAGAUUGUCGGGGCGUGGGGGUCACCAGGGAGGUGCAACUUGCUGCACAAAGGGGGAACCUCUUCAGUGUGUGCGUGUGUGUGUUUGGGGGUUACUUCAUCCUGGCUCUCCCUCAUCAGACUCUUCCUCACCGCUGAGUGGUGCCCCCUCCUUUCUGAUGGGGCAGGUGGGGCAGGCCCAGAGGUCAUCCUGCCCGCCCCAGCAAAGCUACGACCGUGAUUAUUAUCGUUGUUGUUAACGGGACCGGCUGGAUCGACAAUCGCAAAAUGAACGAAUGGGAAACAGCAGCCGCUAGAAAAGUUCCAGAAGGCCAUGCACAAGGAUUCGGGGAUGCCUACCAGUUGUUCUCCCCAUCCCAGCCCAUGCCCAGCCUUGUUUCAAAUUUGAUUUUGUUCUACAGUGUUCAGUUGGAGCAUAGUACCAGAUUGUGAAAAGCAGGUAAUCUGCGUCCAGAUUCCAUUUAGCUUUCCCCAUCUGGUUCUGUCCACUUUUUAUGAGAUUCUCCUGUGUUUCUUGCACACACACACACACACACACACACACACACACAGGCAAAAGCCCCUGGUCAUCCUAUCCUCACCUCCUGGGCGACCCCAGGAAGGAGUGCUGGCUUGCAGGCGGGUCUGCUGGUCUGUCGAGACCUUUCUCCAGGUGGGCCACUCAAGUGGAGCUGGUGGCCAGGAAGGAGUGAAGAGGAGCCCCAUCUCAUGGUUGCCUGGAGCCCUUCACAGCUGGAGAACACGAGGCCAAAUCCAGCCUGGGUGGCCACAACUUUUUUCUUGGCACCACUUCCGCCGUCCCUACAGCCUCCAAACUUUUGAUGCUCUCCUGGGUUUCGUGACACCUUCUUCCCGCUUUCUAAAAAGCGGAGAUCUCUCUCCUGACACUUGGUGGCUGGCAGUUUCAGCUGCAAUGCUGCAGGGAAAGUCUUGUUGGUCCCACCGCUUUUUCCGCAGCCCACCCACCCUGGAAGAUAGCCUGCGGGAGCCGCUCUGAAAAAAAAUGCGGCCCUCGGGCUGAAAGCAGUUCCACACCUCUGGUGCAAGUGCCCCCAAGCUCCAGCAGAGAAUUCCAGGAAUUCCAGUGCUUUUUCUCAAAGGAUGGCUAAGGUCAAAGGGGUGACUGGGAACAGCCACACUUCCUUGGUGGCAUUAGCUGGUUUGUGGUGAAUCUGCUUUAGUUUGUCAUGUCGACAAGCGAGACUAACCCAUCCUGUGGGUUACAUGAGAGGAGGGGACAUUCUCCCCUCACCUGCCUUUUCCCUCUGCCUUUCCGUUCGUCUUUUGGUUUCUUUCAAGAAGGGAAAAAUAUUAGCCGUUCUGUAUCAGGAACAGGCUGGCAGGUAUGAUGCGCUGAGUUGUGGGGGGAGACGAGGAGUUGUGGUGCUGAGUUGUGGGGUGACUGCAAGAGUCCCAUGUGGGGCGACUUCUUGUUUCCCUCCCCCCCCCAUAUCAACUGCACAAAGAAGGGGUCUGAUGGGCUUUAGACACAAUCCUUAUGUAUCUUUAGAUGGGAAAAGUCCUACAACUUCCCUGCUGGGAAUUUCCGGGAGUUGUGAGGAAAGCUUUGCCCGUCACACAAAGGAUUGCACCUUUAGCCAUUCUCUAGGGCUUUUGAGGCGGGAGAUCCCAAAUUUCUGGGAGGGAGCGAGUAGACGUGCAUUUGGUUUCCAUUUUUCAUGCAAACUUGCCUAAUGUCACUGUCUUAAAGCAAUAUGCAGUCCAAGACAAACGCUC